GAGUGUUGCCCGGCAUUCGGUGUGUGGCUUCAAAGCAGCGCGGGUAGUGCUGCCGCCUCGCCUGUUGCAGUUCCUACGACGAGACGAACUGCUGUCAGUGCGACACACCAUCCGUCGCUCUCCGGAUUACGCAGUCGUCGACGUAAUCGCUGGUGCCUCUGUUGACUUCUCGAAGUGGGGAUUAACGACUGUGUUUGUUUGUCGCUAUUGGUUGUUGUCUGUGCGUGAUUUACCAUCGAGCCUGGAUUUUUCCUUAGCCCAACGGCCAGCGGCUGCUCCUCGGAUUUUUAACCGCCAGCGCUCGGAUUACGGAUAACUCGGCGAAUUGUCCUCUGCGCCUGCCCCCGCUUGUGAGGUGACAUCCGGGUUGCCCUCAUGGACUAGGCGGAGUGCUGGUGUAGGUGGUUGAGCCGCGGCGAUCGAAUCGCGCCUCCGGACACUCGUCCAGGCGUGAGCGAACGACCAUCCGGAAAGCUCACGCCAGUGACUUGACUGCCUGGUACCGUGGCUUCGCAUCGCGGCAUCGGUGUGGAUACGAACAUGAAGCCCUGACGGGCUUCUCUCUGUGAGGUGGCUCGUCUCUGCGCGCGAAGGCUACGUAUAUACACAGCGGUCCACGGCCGGUCGGUGCCAUGGCGUUCCGACGGGGCGCCAAGGAGAUGAAGAAGCAGUCGUACUACGUGUGGUUCCUGGGCGCCAAGGAGUCCCGCGGUCUCCGGGGCCUCGAGUACAUCGGGCCCGUGCUGCGGUUCCUGCUGGAACGGGAGCGGGAAGUUGAGCCGCCCAAGGUCACCCUCCAGGUCAGCGGCAAGGGCAUCAAGAUGGUUCAGAACAUCGCCCGCGGCGUUCGGGGCAAGAUGGAGCAGGUGAAGCACCUGAUCCCCCAGCACGCGGUCACGUGCGUGCACCAGGACGGCGACCUGGUGUGCUGCAUCCUGCUGCUCUACAACCCGGUCACCAGGUGCCCCGUGCACGUGCACGUCUACCGCUGCGACUCGUCCGAGACGGCCACCAUGCUGCGCCAGCAACUGCAGCAGCUCGUCGAGCGGCCCGACAACCAGACCAAGUUCCGCGAGAUCGAACACCGGCUGGCAGCCAAGGGCCUGCUGCGCGAGCACUCCUUCCACAACCACCACCAUCACCACCACCCGGGUCCGCCGCGGAUGCCCUCCGACGGCAGGACCGAGGACGGCUCCGAAGACCGCAGCGACGUCUCCGAGGAAGAGGAAGAGGGUCUGGCCACGUCUCCGCCCCGAAGGCCCGCCGCGGUUCUUCCUGCUCCGGUCCGCGGCGCGGCCUCGGUCGGCUCGGCCACGUCUAGCGACCGCAUGGCCAGCCUGUACGCGUCCCUGGCUGCCGAGCUACGCGAGAAGCUGAGCAACCCGGAGCGCGGCCCUCUCCUGCUGCCUCCCAAGGACUACGGAACCGUGUGCAAGAGGUCAUCGGCGAGGCCCGAGGGAGGCUCCAAGUCGAGCAGCGGCAUCGGCUCCGACGAGCUCCUGCCCCGCGAGCUGGACUCGUCUUCCGACGAAGAGUGGCCCGCCCACCACCAGCAUCAGAAGCGGGAGCAGCGCAGGAACCGCCGACCGGUCUCCUUUCCGGCGGCCGCCGCCGCCGCUGCCACGGUCUUCGGCGCACCGCAGCAGAAGCAGCGCCAGCCGCAUCCGCCGCACCGCCAGAUCCAGACGCCGCAGCCAUACCGCAACGGACAAGUGCCACAGCAGCAGAGACCGUUCUCGCAGCAGCAACAACACCCGCCGAGCCACCGACAGUCGGCGUCGUCCAGGCAGAUGGUUGUGCCCGAGUCCAGGGCGUACCCGCAGCAUCAUCAGCAACAGCAGCAGCCACAGCCAGAGCCUUUAAGGCAGCACAACCAGAAGAGAAGCAGGGACUACAGGCACAGCUUCGUGGAGCCGUCGACGCGUAGGCCCUUGCCUCUGUAAGAAAGGAAAAAUAUAUAUAUAUAUUACGAGGCGACGAUUCGCAACCCUCGUCUGUUCGAGGCGUAAAGCGAAGCCAGUCUAUACACGGAUGCCAACCGCUCAAGAGACGACGUUUACACGGACGAGGCCAGCUUGGCGUCGCCGCGCAGUCCUAUACGCCGCUCUCAGCUGUACAACUUCACAUUUGUACGAGUCGUGCAGAGCGGCGUGCCUCCGGACGAACCCUGCGUGACGUGGCAUCCAAGGAUAUGUGGAGUCAGGUUGCCGGAAAUGACUUUCAGGGCGCCGAGGUUCAUCUUCACAGUGGACAGAGGACUUGUGAAGUACUGAGGCUUCCUCUUCAAGAGUGCGCGAGUGCGCCAGCUUUUACGCCGGCAGUCCUUGAGCGCCAGUGUGGAUUCGAUCCAGGCGCUCCCGAAAUAUUUCUGGUGACUCCAGGGAAGAUCCGCGUAGGGUUUAUAGUUAAGGAACUGAGCGUGGAAGGUGAAACAGAACCGCACCCUGAGACUUCAAGAAAGCCGGUGACGACUUGCAAAGCGUGCGACUUUGCAACGAUCAACGAAGUGUGUGUCGCUAAUGUGAGUUUCUUUUUUUGAAAACGGGCACUUCACCGCAGUGCGCGUACGUCUGCCGUGGCCGAGGCUACGCGUCUUGGGCAUGCUCAAGAUCUCGCAAGACCGGUGUUUUUUUGGACGAGGGAUUGUUUCGAACGAGUGCCACUCUACGCUGCUGUAUACGAUUUGUGGCUCAGCCAGCGAGCUGAACUUUGUAGUGUGCGUCAAGUCCCCAGCAGCGCCCUGAUUCAUUGAAUACACACAACUGAUUAACAGGCCUCCGAUAAGGCGUGGGAUAGCAAAUCGUGUAACACCGGGUGAAUACGGUAGACCGGACCUUCCAACGCCGCCACUGCCAACAGCUAACGACCACUGGAAGCAACUACACAAGCUUGAACCGCGUCUCCAGGAGCAUCGUUCGCGAUGACGAUGCUGUUUCUUAAAAAAAAAAUAUUUUGACUAAAAGAAGCUGCACUUUGCUGCGGCGGCGCGCUUGUGGACUUGUUUUUCAACUUCUUCAAAUGACGCUAGUAAUAAAAUAAAACUAAGGCGAGAGACUU